AUGGUGGGGGAUAUUAAUCUGAGAGUAAAGGAGGCUGAAAUGGAAGUGAAUUAUAUGGAGACUAGGCUUGAAAACAAUCCUGAUACUGGAAAACAUUUAUUGUUGGCUAAUGAAAAGCUUAUGAAUGCAAUUUCACAAAAUUCCAUUUGGGCUAAAGUUUUGAAAGGAAAGUACUGCAAAGAUCUACAUCCUUCUCUUGUGACUAAUAGAUUGGGGGAUUCAGAUUCUAGAUUGGGGGAUUCAAGAACUUGGAAGAACAUGCUGAAGAUGAGAACUAAGUCUGAACAACUUUUCAUUUGGGAUAUAGGGGAAGGCAGACUCAAUGUGGCUGACCUUUGGUCUGAUGGUGAAUGGAACCAACAAGCUCUUCAGAACAUCCUUGAUAAUAGAUUACUCAAUAUUAUCCUGAAGAAACCUAUUGACAGAUCCAAGAAGGACAAACUUAUUGUGAAGAAAAAGGUUUCCCAAACUUUUUCAGCUUCCAUAGCUAAUUUCUUCUUUCCUCAACAGGAGGUUUCCUGGGCUAAUUGUGUUUGGAACAAGUUCCUCUCUCCUUCCAUGGCCUUCUUCUCUUGGAAAUUAUUCUAUGGUUUCAUUCCCACUGAUGAUAUUUUAAAAAUAAAAGGCUUGAGAGGCCCUUCAAGAUGCUGCCUGUGUAAAACUGAAGAGGAAUCCCUCCACCAUUUGUUCUUCGAAUGCUCUAAUGUUCAGCAAUUUUGGAACCUCUUGUUACCUAAACUGAAACUAAAUACGAUUUAG